AAAUAAAAAAAAAAAUCUCAACCAUCUGUACUAGUAGCUGUCUCUUUUGCUUGACCUCAAUGUCUGGUGAGCAGACGUCGUUGCCAUGCCCCAGUUCGAGGAGGUCCUGGACAGAGUGCGCCAGGCUCUGACCUGGGCCUCUCCUUCUGAGAUCCAGGCUCUGCUGGAGGGUUUGGUGGAGGAGCGGAUCAUCUCGGACGCCUACAGCAAGAGCUUGAGUCUUCAUCGACUGGCUGAGGGAAUUUCAAAUACGGCUGUUCAUGGCAAACCGACGUGGGAACGGGAAUCUGAUCAGAUUCAUUCUCGAGGAUCCCAGUGGGAUCAUCUCAGCCAGGUGUGGGAUUGUGGGUCGAGAGAAUCUGCCGUCACUGACCACAACCAGACAAGAUUGGAGUCUAUGUUAUCAGCGCAUGAAAAUAACAGCACGAGAUCCAGUCAAAGAAUGGAUCUGCUGUAUGAAGACAGAGUUAUUCAUGGGAAUGGACUAAUUCAUGAAUUGAAUUGGGGGCCAGCAAUGGAUGACCUCAAUCAUAGGAUCAUGUCCACACCCAUGACAUGCGAUGACCAACACAGCCUCAGACUCAAUGAUGAAAUCGCAGAGCUGCUGAGAAGUGCAGAAUUAAUGCUGAAGCCAAUAAGUGAUAAUGAAAGAGUUGAUGAGGGGAUUUCGGAGGAUGAGAAGGAGUGGUUAGAGAAAGUAGAGGAGGCGGCUAGGAGGAUAGCUGUCCCUCUAUGGCAGAACUGGGACAGAGGACAGAGGAUGUUGCUGCCUCUGGUUCCUUGUAUGACUACUGGCUGUGCAACAAAUGAAAAUAAAGCGACAGACUGCGAGGCACAAUGCCCUGAUGUGAACAUGGAAGUGGAAGCAGAGCUCGCACUUGCUUGCAAAACACUGGACCUCUACACUGACAGCUUCAGGUGGAUGGAGAACACAGACACAAGCUUUGCACUGGAUUCAGGAGGAGACACUGAGGGCCUCUGUUUCUCUGGGGUCAGCAGCGCGGUGGUGACCGCAUUGAACAAGGAUCACUUUGAUAUCUAUGGAGCAGCGAGAAACCCCUCGCCUGUGCAGGCCAGCGCGGCAACAGACAACACAGACACCUGUCUGGAAGGACAGGUCAGCACCUGCUGGUCAGCCGAUGGGACAACAGACACAACAGAGGACCUGAUGUGUCUCACAGGAGAUGCACAAUAUGGCACAGAUGCUAGAUUUGCAGAUGUGGCAGAUUUACUUUCACCUUGCACUCCGACAGACACUCACACUCUUGCACAAUAUAACUCAUUUUACUCAAAAACAGGUCAUAGCAUGACAUUAGGAGAUGUGGACACCUAUAGCUCGACAAGAUGCAGCGCUGAUUGCAUAACAGACUUCCAUGAGAAGAGAGAGGAUGAGGAGAGUCUGGAUUCACACUGGGGUGCCAAGAUGCAAGAAGUAGAUCAGGACCAAUCUGAUCUUACCUUCACAGAUUUAGAUCUACCAGAUGAUAUAUCUGAAUUCAUGAAUGAAGACUACCUAUUAGGCACAGCAGAUGUACUGUUCGACUGCGAUUCUUUGUUGAAUUAUGAGGAAUUCAACAACCCCAGUGACAUUGUUGUGACAACAGAGCUGCCCCGUCCGGAUAGCCACGAGGAGAGACAGGAUGAACCACCAAGCCGAAAAAGACGGAAAGUUCCCCGGGCACAGCAGUGUACUGAUGAGAACACACCAUCCAGACCAAAAAGGUCCAGGAGAGCAGGUAAAGCACAAACAAAAGAGCCACAAGAUGAGCCAGCUGUCACUCAGAGCAUUGACACAGGACCAGAGCCAAGUCUUACAGAGACAGAGGGCCUUUCCACCCCUCCAACAAGAAUCCUUCACUUCCAUCCCUCCAUUCGGUUCAUCACCAUCCCAGACGCUCAAGGAUAUCACGUGGUUCAGACUCUGAGGUUCCGUCCUCCGGUUAUUACACCUACAUAUAUAUUAGUUCCUGCUCCCUCCACACCCUCCAAACAUGAAAUGCAACCACUCUCGCCGGAGGACGGGGCAGUAGCACCAGUCCAAAUGAGCUCAUCGCCACCAGGAUCUCUUUCAGACACUGCUAGCAAAGCCAUGGCAACCCCUGUCUCUUCACCAGUCUCCCCUUCCACUGAGAUAUCCCCAUGUAAAGAAUCACCUCUUCCUCAGUCUCCCACCGUCCUUGACAUUCCACAUGUUGUUAAGGACUACAUUCAGGAGGCCAAAGCCCACAUGAAUCAAACUUGCCAGGAUAUGGAGGAGGGUCUUAGCUUGACCUCUCAUUACGUGGAUGUACAAUUGAGUCACAGAGAGAUUCGUUCUGGAAAAAACACAAACAAAUGCCUGGACAAGGAGCUUGUCAUCAUGGGAGAUACAGAUCGGCAAAAAAGCUUGUUGGGGAAGAGUCAGAUCUUUGAAAGGUCAAAUGGGGAUAAAUCCAAACGCUACAUAUUGCUACUUGGCAAUGCAGGCAUGGGAAAAACCACCCUGAUCAGGAAGCUUUGUCUUGACUGGUCCAGAGACUGCAUCCCACAGUUUGACUUUGUCUUCUUAUUAGACGGCAAAGCACUCACCUUAACAAAGCCAACCUUCAGCCUUCAGACCCUCCUACUAAACCUCUCCGCCUUUGCCCCUUCCUGCAUGGACCCAGAGGCAGUUUAUGCUCAAAUCCUUGCAGCCCCUAAGCGAGUGCUCAUCAUCUUUGAUGGGUUUGACGAGUUGAGGGAGUAUGAAAUGCUACUCCAGACUCAAGAAAAAGACUUGAUAACGUCUUUGCAGAAAGACAGUAGAGCACAGACCUACACAGUAAGACAGUUAUACUCUGCCAUCCUUCAGAGGGUCCUUCUUCCAGGAUGCACUCUUCUGCUCUCUACACGACCAAGAGGUACUGCCAACCAGCUUCUCCGUCGGGCAGACAGCUUUCUGGAAGUAUGUGGCUUUACUCCCACAGAUGUAGAAACAUAUGUGUCCCAGUACUUCACUGAUACUGCCCUCAGAACAUCUGCUUUAGAGUGCUUAAAAAACUGCAGCUAUCUACAUCUCCUCUGCUGGAACCCCGGACUAUGUCGGUUGGUGUGCUUGGUUUUGGAACAGUCCAAAGGUUUGGAGGUCCUACCAAGAACUUUAACUGGGCUCUGCCAUCAAGUGCUUUGUUUGAAAAUGGAAAAAGACAGUAGGAGCACAAACGUACAGGCUGAAGUUCAAACACAAAUACCCCUGCAAUCUGAAGAAGAAACACAGACACAAAUCUCAAGCAAUAAUCAAAGAAACAAAAAUACACAGACAAAGUCCAGAGCACAGGGUCGCACUCGCACUAGGUCUCGCACUCGCUCCCAAAGAAAAAGGGGGGCAAAAGAGCAGGAGAAUAAGGAAGAUGAAGUGUACAGAGAGAUGAACAGUGGUAGCAGGGAAGCAGAGGAGAGAGAGUUGCUGUCUCAGCUGAGCUCCUUGGCCUGGGAGGGGGUCAAAACCAACUCCUCCAUGCUUCCCACCAGACGGACUUUAUGUGCCAAACUCAGGGCUUUUGGCCUUAGGACAAGGCUUUUCCUCUCUCACCCCCUGAGGACAAGGUUGAUGGUCUCAAUUGGUGAGAGUGAGGGAGGAGGAAGGGAGGACAAAGAUGAGAUGGGAGGGGGAGGAGAGAGGAAGGAAAACAGAGGGAGGAUGGACAUGGAGAACUGUGACGCCAGUGAUGACCACAUCACAUUGUGGGCCAACCCUUUCCUUCAGAGUUACUUGGCGGGUGUCCAUCUAUCUUUGUCAAGGACUGUAUCAGACCGCACCUUCCUCCAGACCCUCCCUUUCCAGUCAGGCCCAAAGGGACGUCGGCGACCUCAAAGAGAGGAGCUUGAACUCACUCAGCGAUUUGCGGUUGGCCUCCUCUUCCACAACAGAACAGAGCUGCAGAGGCUUCAUUCAUACACAGAGACGUCUUUCAGGGAUAUGGUGGUCAGCAAGCAAGGUUUAGUGACAAAACACCUUGAAGGUCUUUCUUACAGUGACCUGAGUCCUGCCCAAGUCCUGGAGGCAUGUCACUAUGUUUAUGAAGCAAGUUUCAGCCAUGGCAAUGGCAGCAGAGGCAGUGGCAGCACACAAUUGGUCGCUCACCUGGCAGCAAAUCUUCCAGAAGUCCUGACAUUUCAUGGAGUUCCACUCAACCCGACGGAUGUGUUCACCGUGCAGAAUACUCUUGAAAUUGGUGGGACUGAAGGGAGAAGUUUCUGCUUGGAUCUGGAGGAUUCAGGGAUACAAGUUUCAGGACUCAGGGCAUUGGUGGGACUCAACAACAUCAACACAUACAGGGCAUGCAUUGCUGAUGUUAUCACCCUAUGGGAGCAGCUGGAGAAGAGUAGUGAAGAGGGACUCCUACAAGGGGCAGUGUCCAAGUUAAAGAUCCACCCCCUGAAAGCCACACAAGUGUGUCAUGUAGAGCACCUAGCAAAGCUGGUGAACAUACAUAUGCACAAGAGGCUGUCAGACAGUUGCAGCCAAUCAGAUUCUAUCCUGGCAGAGGGAGUACCAGCUGUCAAAGAGUUACGCAAGCUGGAGUUUGAGCUUGGUCCAGAGAAAGGUCCCCUGGGUCUUCCCAUGCUGUGGGAGCUCCUACCAGGUCUACACAACCUACAGCACUUAGAUCUGGAGAACAGUAAGAUAGGGGACGAGGGAGCAGAGAAAUUGGCUGAUGCUUUAGCCUCACUCAGUUCGCUGGAGAUACUCAAUCUGUCACAGAACUGUAUAGGAAACCAUGGGGUGAAGAGACUUACAACCACAUUAAGGGAUCUGCCCAAACUGCACUGUUUGAGUCUCUACAGUAAUGUGAUUUCUGACGAAGGGGCAGAGAGUUUAGCAGCUGUUCUCCCACACAUGGCGUCACUCACCGCCCUGGAUGUGAGCUACAACAGGCUGACAGAUGUUGGUGUGCAGAGCCUUGGAGCCAGUCUGAGAAACUGUCAAAAGAUGAAGACUUUAAGAAUGUGGAACCAGUUUAUCCCAUACGGAGUCUUUGAACGUCUUCAGCAGCAGGACAGCAGGAUCCUCUGGCAUUAGAACAAUAUGGAACCUCUUUACUACAGGGCUAUGAACUUUUUUUUUAUCAUGCAUCUGAAGCAUACAUGUUUACACUACACAGUACAUUUUCUAAAUGCAUGAAUGCUUGAGCAACAAUAGCAUGAACAAAGAGAAAGAGACAAACAAAGAAACAAACCACACAUGCGGAGGUAUUUGCUGCUAGGAGUUUAUCUUUUUAGAGUCUUUCUAAGAUUCCACUCAGUCCUCGAAGGACAUAAUUAAUCCUCCAGCGCUACGCAGUACUGCAAAGUGUGUGGUAAUGUUCGCACAAAUUCAAGAAGCAUAUUUGCACUAUGAGGUCGGCUGUUUUUUCAUGUUACCAGUUAUAGAUUUUGUUCUGUUUGAUAUCAUUGGCUAAAUAGUUUGCUUCACUAUAUUUUUGUGGAAAUAAUGACAUAUCAGUUUACACUCUGUCUGCAGCUGUAAAUUAUAAAUAGCUUUACAGUCAUCUGACAUUUCUUGUUUGAUAAAUAAAAUGUUUCAAGUCAGUUAAAUGCCUUCUUUCUUUCUCCACUCACCAUUUCACUUGUUAACUAAAUUUGCCAGUGUAUUUAAAAACCUCUUUUCACUUCCUUGCCAACAGGUUUCAGUUCUCUAAUCUGAUGGCAACUGACCUUUAAUAGUGUUACUCUGUCCGCAGCUCUUCGUAGUUGAUUACGUUAUUUAAUCUGUUUUUAGUCAUAUGAAUCAGAUGGAAUAGAGCGAGGACAGACUUUCCCUAAUGUUGAUAUUGUGGUAAAAGUAAGGGGAAAAAUUCAACUGCAUUGACACUAGACAUAAAUACUUAGUUAUUACUUAUGGUGGUCCCUAUGGUGGACUCUGGUGUCUCUUCAGAUUUAUACUGUCCUGAAAGAGGUUCUCUAAGAAUUCCACCUAUUUCUGUAAAUUCAGUUUACUCAUCACAGAGGCUGCUGAUCACUGUGUGAAAACAGUUGUAUAAUGUUGCCUGUUUAUUAAAUGAAAGCAGCAUUUAAUAGACAUUUUUCAGCAGAAAGCCUGUGUUACAAACUGAUGGGCACAUAGUUUGAGAGACAUUAAAAUUUACCAGAAAAGCAGGCUUCUGUGUUGCAUUAUGGGAAGGAUCUAAUGUUUUGAGGGCUUAACCUAUAGUUGAAGAAGGCACUGAUGCUUUGAUUUUGAUUUUUGCCUAAUCUGUCUCUUGUAAGUCCUUCGAAGUUAUGAAACCACAAUUCUAAAUCACUGGAGUGCCCCUUUAAAAGUAAAGUUUAACAAAAAAACAUUGGGGACUCACAGGUACCCUCCACAAGUUUAGACAUUAGGACCAGAUUCUACCAGACCACUGUAGCAUAGCACACAUCUCCCAUUUGUUCAUCAGUUUAAAUGUGAAAAAAAGCUAAAUUCUAUCUGAUCAUGAGGUUAAUCUGGGUCACGUUUGUUUUCAAAAUGUUGCUGCAGAUAAUUUCACAUUUGCAAUUCAUCAUCUAUGUCAUGGAUGAGAUGCACUUUGAAGUUACUGGCGGAUUUUUUUUGUGUGUGUGUGUGGUUGCAUAGUUGGUUUUAGAGGAACAGUCCUGUCUUCAUUUUUUGCAUGUCAUUCAUUUUGUGUUGUUUACAUGAACCCUGUAAGAAUGGAAAUACAAAAUGAAUAAGAAUUAUUAAUUAAUAAUAAUAAUAAUAAUAAUUACCUAAUUAUAUUUGGUCACUGUAAAUAGACUGAGCCAUGCUCAUCAUUAACACAAAGGGAAAAUAUCUGAUUCAGUUUACCACAUGUGAAACAGUAGUGGCUCAGUCUAGAAUCAUUAUACUCUUCAAACAAAUCUGAAGACUGGCAACUUCCUGUCUGAUAUAUUAAGGGUUUCUUUUCAUGUACACCAGCAGUAUCAAAGCUCACCAAUGAGCUGCUGUUGUUCUCUGGUGCUCUGGUGCUCUCUUGAGGGCAAAAGGCAGCAUGACACCAGCACAGCACAUGACCACUAACAAACAGUCUGAGAUGAACAUAUACACUUCAAAUACAUUAAUCCAAUGCACUGUAAUCUAAACACAUAUAUCUAAAAUAACAGUUAAAGAACAAAAACCUGGCAUUCGCUCAAAGUUUAUUAAAUAGACACAUUGGAAAAUAAAACUCUGUCACGAUCCAUAGCUUAUUACAGCAUGUGCAUGUCUGCGAAGAAGCAGAUGUGGAGGGAGGACGCAAGCACUGGGUAAAGGUUGUAUGUUGAUGAUGAUAAUGAUGACAUCCAUCAAACCAAGCAAAGGCUUUCAUCUGUCACAGUCCACAUGAGAGUUUUCAGUGAAUUAAGAUGCCGUGAGCAGAGUGGCCGACACAGUGAGCUGUCAUGCCUGGGAAAUGGCACAUCUUUCACUUGUAACUAAACACAAGAGAUUUAUAAACAGUUUUCAUACAAAACAAGGAUCCUCCCCAUCUACCAGCUUCAUUUGCUACUGAUUUCUCAAUACAGGGAGUGACUUUUAUAUUUGAAUUACGCAACUCAUCGACUGAUAUUACACUGUGGUUAAAAAAAUAAGAUAUAGUUAAUGUCGUCAAUUUCCAGCAUGAUGCGGAUUACACAUCGUCAUUACACAUUAUUUAUUAACUAUGCACGGUCAAUCUACAGGAAGCCCUUACCUGAUUCUGACUAUCUGAUCAGAUUCAACACAAACAUGUUUUUAAUAUUCAAUGAAUAUUAGUAUCCUGAGCUUUAGUGUCGUGUGGUCUAAAUGCUGUUUCAGAACAUUUUAUAUCUUGCCAAAAACAGAAUUCUUACGAACGUACUGACUAACACGGACAAAUUCAAAUAUUGUAAAUGUCACCAUGAAAUAUUGCUUAAUGGCAGCUUUAAUCCAAAAAGAAAAAAAAGAAUUUGGUUAUCAGC